CUGUGCUCAUGGGUCGAACAGCACAUAGUUUGCCGGUAGUGACAGCACUUCUUUACACUCUCUCCGCCUGUCUGGAUUAUCCAUUUUUGGCAUGUUUGAAUGUCGAAUUUUAAAGUGAACGAGGUUCCCACCACUGGGAAAAGUCAAAGAAUGUGUCCUGGAGCAUGGUGAGGAGAGGAGGAGGGCGGACAGCAGAAACUUUUCCCCUCAUCUUUGCCUCUGCAGGCGUCUCUUCUGUGGAAGAAUGGGGGCAGGAGCUAUGACCAUCUGUCACAACAAGACAGCAGUGCAGGUCAAAGAGGACAUGAAGAAGAUGGUCCAGAUACCCAUCUUCAGACCCAGAACAGUGGCAGCCAAGCACACCAGGCUGUUUGGAGUGUCCCUGUUCGAGCUGCAAGAGAAGGGCCUGGUGGAGGAUGGAGUCCCUCUGGUGGUGCAGACGAUGGUGGAGCAUCUCCGCAAGCAUGCACUGCAGCAGGAGGGUCUGUUCAGAGUAAAUGGGAAUGUCCGUGCUGUGGAGACCCUGAAACAGCAGCUGGAGAGCGGCGAGGAUGUGGACCUUCUCUCUCAGUCGGAUACGAGCACCGUGGCCAGCUUGCUCAAACAGUACCUGAGAGAGCUGCCAGAGGGUUUAGUGAGCUCAACGGUCCAACAAGCACUGAUACAGCACUACCGAGAGUGUGGUGAUGAUGGCUCCUGGUCAGAUUUAAAAAAUCUGCUGCAGCAGCUUCCAGACAUCCACCUCAGCCUCCUCUGCUACCUAUGUCACUUCCUCACCCUCGUGGAGAACAACCACAAAGACAACCGCAUGACCGCUCUCAACCUCGCUACCGUGUUUGGACCCAGUGUCUUCCAUGUGGCCCCUGGCUUCGAAGCAAUAAAGGACCAAAAUGUCUGUAACAAGAUCAUGGUCAAACUCAUCCAGAACUACAGCAGCAUCUUUGAGGCGAGCACAGACAAAGUCGAGGAGGACUGCUCAGAGGAACAGUCGACGCUUAUCAUUGUCAAGGAGGCGAAUGUGACGAAUGCAGAAGCAAAGAAGUCAACCGGCCAUCUCAAUGCAAAGACACCGACACCAGCUCCCAGGAUGAAAACUGCACCAGGAAAUGCAGAACAUCGAGACAAACCCUCUGCUACCACUCCACAGGCAACAACAAAGAAAAAGAAGGUGAGGAAAGGGAAGAGAGACGGCAUGACUCAAGUUGUCCCACAGCCCGGCCUCUCUGCUGGGUCGCCCCACGCAAGGCCUCUCUCCAUACCCAUAGUUUUGCCGCUGACCUCAGAGCUGAGGAGCCCCAGCCAAGAAGCGAUGGAAACGACACCAGAGCAUCACCAAGACCCCCCCGAGGCUGCCUCGCACAUUGGCCACAACGAUGUCAGCUUCUCUGGCAGUACGGAGGCCCUUAGCAGCUCGCAAGAAGAAGACAGGCCAAUAUCUCCUUUCUACAUGAGUAACCACCUCUCCCCUGUCCACUGCAGACCAGAUGUUGUAAAUUAUCUGGAUAGGACAAUACGCUCAGCAGUGGAGCAGCACCUCUUUGAUGUAAACCCUUUAGAGGAUCAACAUUCAGGGACCUGUGAGUUCACCACACGUCCUUCAAGCCCCAAGGUGACGCUAACGGCACGACAGAGACGUCGGCACCAGAGAGAUCAACAGGAGGAGGGACUGAAACUCAGAGAGAGAAACAGACCUGCAUCCAUCAAGGCGGACACCAACAAGGAGAACAUCCCAUCGAGUGGUGGUAGCAGUUCAGGCAACGUAGAGGAGGACACGGGCAGCAGCUGGGUUUCACAGGGAGGACAGAGUGGUCACACCGAGCGAACCCCCAAACCCAGAAAGUCAAAACACACUCCGACUCUAGUGCAGCUCACUGACAACCAGGCCGCCCACGCAUUCAAGGAAUGUGUUGGUGAACGACAAGGAGAAAACCACAUGGAGACAUUUCACAAAGGGAUUGACAUUUCAAGGAAAGAUGGCCUUCUUCCAGCUUCACAGGCGUUGAGGAUGAAGAUCCAGGAGUCGCCCGUCACUUGUGACACGGGGAGGGUCGGCGAGGUGAAAGGCUCGGACCCGGACUGCGAGAAGACCAGCUGCGAGGACGUCCCCCGGCUGGACCUGACAGCACUGACGCAGGACAACAACUGGGGAGAUUCUACAUUCUUUAACUACCCUUUCCUUGAUUUCAAAAGCAUUUUCCAUUCAAAUUGUUGUGAUGAACCGGUGCCGGCGUACUCGCUGCAGAGGGAGAGCAUGGACCGCGAGGAGGCUCGACUGUCGCCUCACGCCGGAGGUCGACUGAUCCGCCAGCUGCUGGAGGAGGACAGCGACCCGAUGGUGUCGCCUCGCUUCUACGCCUACGGACAGUGCCAGCAGUAUCUGGACGACACAGAAGUGCCCCCCUCGCCGCCAAACGCACACUCAUUUGUCAGUCGCAGGCGGAGUUCUUCCCUCGGCUCCUGUGAUGACGAGAAGGAGGAGCUGACCUCUGCCCAGAUCACAAAGAGGAUUCACAUCCUGAAGAAGAAGAUCCACAGGUUUGAGGAGAGGUUUGAAGAGGAGCGAAAGUACAGGCCCUCCCACAGUGAUAAAGCUGCAAACCCAGAGGUGCUGAGAUGGGUGAAUGAACUGGCCAAGCUUCGCAAAGACCUAAAAGAGCACAAGCUGAUGAAGUCAGAGGAGGACCUGCCGCCUCUGACCCGCCAGCGCAGCAACACGCUGCCCAAAAGCUUCGGCUCUCAGCUGGAGAAGAAACCUCAGCAGGAGAAGGCGCCCAACCCGCCGGUGGAGAGCACGCUGGAGACCAUUCUGAAGAAGCUGCAGGAGAAGAGGGAGGAGGUGAACCGCCCCGAGGACAUCAAGGAUAUGACACGGGAGCAGAUCGGAGGAGAGAAAGUCGCCCUGCAGAAAGCUCUUCUCUACUACGAGAGCAUACACGGCCGACCAGUGACCAAAAGCGAGAGGCAGAUCAUGAAACCGCUGUACGACAGAUACCGCCUGGUGAAGCAGAUCCUGUGCAGAGCCUCCACCAUCCCCGUCAUAGGCUCUCCCUCCAGCAAGCGCAGAGGUCCCCUCCUUCAGCCCAUUAUCGAGGGUGAAACCGCACUUUUCUUCGAUGACAUCAAGGAGGAGGAAGACGGCUCGGAGGACGACGGAGACUCGAAGACUCAGUUCACCGUGACCGUCCGACCCGACCUCAGCGUGCUCGGCUUCCUGGACCACAUGGAGGAGGAAGUGGACGGUUUCAUCUCACCCGUGGAUGAACUCUCGCCCUCCAAGAACACGACGGACAUGAGGCUGUCCAACCUGCACUCGGCCACCACGCGGGAACUUCUGGAGCAGCUCCAGGAGACGAGGGAGGACAAAAAGAGGAUCCGCAAGAACCUGAAAGAGUUCGAGGAGCAGUUUUUCAGGCAAAACGGAAGAAACGUCCAGAAGGAGGACCGCUCCCCGCUGGCAGUGGAGUACAACGAAUACAAGCACAUUAAAGCCAAGCUGCGGCUGCUGGAAGUCCUCAUCAGCAAAAGAGACUCCACUAAGUUCAUCUGAGAAUAAAGGACUCUAAGAGGACUCGGUCUCCAGUCGAACACAUCUCACUCUGCUGGGGAAUUUAAAAAAACAUCGGCUUCUCAUUGUCGCUGCUCUGGAAACAGCCCACCUGUAAGCCUGUUAAUCCGUUCCGUCGAGCACAGCGGGGUUUUCCUCCGACGCCCGCGGAGAACCGGCGACCCGCGACUGAUUUAAGCGACACCAAGUCACCUGCUUCACCUGAAAUCUUCGGGUUUUUUUCCCCACCGGACCUCACCUUAAAGCAACACGCACAAAUAACCCCAAUCACUCUUGUAUCGCUGAUAAUUUAUUUCUAUCCUGUUGAGAGUUUUUAACAGAAAUGUUAUUUUUCCUCGAGCUUAACUGUAGAAGUCUUAAAAAAAAACCACAAACCUUGGUAAUUAAAAUAAUAGAUAUAAUGCUAUUUUUGAAGAAGGACUUUGUGAUUAAGAUGUUUGUGUAUUUUUGUAAGGGAGACGUUACUAUUUGUAUCAGUAUUCACUUAAUGAGUAGUUUGAAAUGAUCUCGUGUUGCUUCUCUAGAAGUCCAAUCAAACACUUGCUCACGAAAAGAAGUGUUUUUCCUCUCGUUCACUACAACCCAAAGACAGCAAACAGCGAACCAAAAAGGCUCAAAUGUUCAUCUCGUCCAGUAAAACGGCUUCCUUUUGUGACCACUGGUACCAUGUUCAGCAUUCGACUGUAUAUUUUCUGCUUUUCCCCACAUUUACUUCACGUCUAAUAAGCUAUUCUCGUCGUUGAAUCACUGGUAUGUGUGUAACACUGACAAGGCCAUUAGCGGGGCAGGAAUGGUCGCUAAAAGCCGCGGUGUUUCCUCCUCAUCUGUUCUGUUGUAAAUAUGGAUGUUUGUUUACAUUUCUGUGAGCGUACUUCUUCCUCUCUUUCUCCAAAAUGGAUGAUUAUCAGUUUGAGUUUUGUUUUUACUGAAUGUAAACACUGGCCAGGCUUAAGGAAUUUUGAGUGUGUACAUUUUAGUACAUAAAUUGUAUUUUGUAUAUAACAUGAAUGAAAUCAUAUUUUUACUGACA